AUUAGAUAAGCUAGUACCGCGCGUCGACGGGGAAGCGACUUUAGUUGACGCCUGCGCGUUGUAUACGACCUAACCGCGCGACUGCUCCACAUUUUUCGACACCGACAUUCGCCAUGAAUACUCGUCAGCUCCGCAGAAUCGCUGUAGCCACAAAACCAUUACUGAAACAACAGACAUCGUGUAUCUGCUACCGUAACUAUAGCCAAGUGAGACCCGUAUAUGUUAUUGAAAGACCUAAAUGGAGGAAUUCUGCACCGAGCUUCUACGCUGCACAAUCCAUCGACACAAGAUACUUCUCAUUCGUGCACAACUUAGACCCAGCAGUGCGGGAGGGAUCACAUAAAAAUGCUGAUGAUGUACUGUUUGAUAUGUUCAAAAAUGAAGAUUCGGGGCUCCUUCCUGUUGGAAAGUUUUUGGCCGCCCUAAGAACAACCGGAAUCAGAAAGAAUGACCCUCGUGUGAAAGAAGUCAUGCACAAUUUGUACAAAGUUCAUAAAGAGUCAAACUUUGAAGGAGGCUCUCCUGAAACGCUUAAACUGGACAGAAAGACCUUUAAAGAAGUAAUCUCGCCGAAUAUAGUUUUAAUCACAAGAGCAUUUAGAAGCCAGUUUGUGAUUCCCGACUUCCAGGACUUUAUCAAAGACAUAGAAGAAAUGUAUUGGUCUGCGAAAAGUAUAACAGAUGGAAAAGUGGCAAGUUAUAUUCCGCAGUUAGCUAGAGCCAAUCCUGAUAAUUGGGGCGUCAGUAUUUGCACGAUCGAUGGUCAGCGGUUUUCAAUAGGUGACGUAAAUGUGCCGUUCACUCUACAAUCUUGUAGCAAGCCGUUAACGUAUGCAAUGGCACUCGAGACUCUAGGACCUGACGUCGUACAUCAGUACAUUGGCACGGAGCCCAGCGGCCGCAAUUUCAAUGAACUCGUUUUGGAUUAUAAUAUGAAGCCACACAACCCAAUGAUCAACGCUGGAGCAAUUUUAGUAUGUUCGUUGCUGAAAACUUUGGACAAGCCGGAAAUGACCUUGGCCGAGAAAUUUGACUAUGUUAUGUCAUUCUUCAGUCGCCUCGCUGGGAACGAAGUGUUGGGUUUCAAUAAUGCGGUAUUUUUGUCAGAACGCGAGGCUGCCGAUCGUAACUAUGCUUUGGGAUUUUACAUGAGAGAACAUAAAUGUUACCCGGAGAAAACAAAUCUGCGUGAAUGUAUGGAUUUCUAUUUUCAGUGCUGUUCCAUGGAGGCUAAUUGCGACAUAAUGUCCAUUAUGGCUGCAACACUAGCAAACGGGGGUAUAUGUCCUAUAACUGACGAAAAAGUUCUGCGACCUGAUUCCGUUCGGAACGUGCUCUCCUUAAUGCAUAGCUGUGGAAUGUACGACUAUUCAGGACAAUUUGCAUUCAAAGUUGGCCUGCCUGCGAAAUCUGGAGUUUCAGGAGCAAUGCUUAUCGUUGUGCCAAAUGUGAUGGGUAUAUGCACAUGGUCUCCACCAUUAGAUCCUCUGGGCAAUAGCUGCAGAGGUUUGCAAUUUUGUGAGGAGUUAAUUAAGCGUUUCAAUUUCCAUAAAUAUGAUAAUAUUCGUUAUGCAAGUCACAAGAAGGAUCCACGCAGAUAUAAAUUUGAAUCUACUGGACUGAGCAUUGUCAAUCUUCUAUUCUCUUCAGCUAGUGGUGACUUAAGUGCACUGAGGAGGCACCAUCUUUCUGGAAUGGAUAUGACACUAUCGGAUUAUGAUGGCAGAACAGCAUUACAUCUCGCUGCAGCGGAAGGUCACCUUAGUUGUGUAGAGUUUCUACUUGCCCAGUGCAACGUUCCUCAUGAUCCCCAAGACCGUUGGGGAAGUCGUCCACUAAAUGAAGCAGAAACUUUCGGACAUGCCGCAGUCGUUCAAUAUCUAAAGGAAUGGGAACGCACACAUCCACUUGGUGUAGAAUCUCAACCUUCUCCUUCUACAGUUGACGAUAUACUAGACGUGCAGCCACAAGCUGAUGACGCAGUGAAGGAUCCAAGCAUUCAGGAUAUUGUUACCAGAAAUGGAGAUAAAGUAAAUUAAACAUUUGUACAAAGAGCCAAAGGAAUUGGUGCGUGUGGUGGUAGACUCUGCAUAAGAUAUGUUUCAAUGUGUACAGUUCUAUAAAAUUUCAACAAAUAAGAUAAUAUACACUUUGCGCCCUAAGAAAUUAUUCCUACUUACAGUGGUAUAGAGAGCUUAAAUAUACUCUAGUUUGAAGGAUUAAAUCUUCAUGAAAUCAGCUCUAUUGACAAUUAAUACUUUACAACAAAUGUUAGUAGAUAGAUUUUACAAAAUUUGAUCAUUAAUGAACUUGUAUUCUGGUUUGUUUAUGUAGACAUUAUAGAUGGAAAUUCAUAUAUAUAAAGACACUCUGUAGCUUCUAGGUUUGUAGGUGUUAUAUAAUAAAAAUAACUGUAGGACUACUUUCUUGUGUAUGAGAAAGGUGAUUAAUUAAUGUAAUAAACAGAUUAAUCAUCUAAAUAUGAUAAUGUGGUACUGCAAUUACUUAAUUUUAAGGCUGUGAUCAAUUUUAUUUAAGUGUUAUUUUAUUGUUCAUAUUUUUAAGCUGUUUAAAGACAAAGUUUUAUGUGAGCUCAUUAUAUAAAUAUCAAUAACAAAUAUUAUUUUGACUAAAUCUACAUUUCGUAACUAUUAAUUAUAAAGAAAAAUAAAUGCCAUCUUGUGAUACAUUAUCUAUGCACAUUGGAUUGAGAUGUAUUAAUGGUAAUUUGCGGUUAAUAUCAAUAAGUUUGCUGAAAGUAUUAAAGAUUGCAUUUAAAAACUAUUUUUUAAUCAAAUACAUGUUUAUUGCAUAAUAUGCUUGUGAAAUUUUGGUGAUUUUAAUUAAUUUUGCACUUAUUGUAUUGUUAUAACAUACAACACAGAUUCUAUCUCGAAUAUGACAAUAAUAUUUUAAGAAGAAAUGUUACAUUUCAUAACAUGUAUGUUGUUCAAGUAAGUAUGUCAAUUAAAACUGUUAAGAUGAA